UGUGGAAAACUCCACCAGAUGCCGCACACGCCGGCAAUGGCCGGCAACCGUCAAUGAGCAAAUUAUUAGUGAAACAUCAUUUGUUCGAAAAUCGUGUCAUGGACUAGAAAUAACUCAAAAAAAUCAACUUUUUUCUCCGAAUUUUUCGAAAACGAUGGCUGGACCAGACGUUGCGGCUCUUGCUGCGGAUUUAGCAAGAGCCGUUGAACUCACAAUGAGCACCGGAGCUUCGCAAACCGACCGACUCAAAGCAUACAACGCGUGCGAAAGCUUUAAAGAGACUUCACCUCUGUGUGCCGAAGCUGGGCUCUAUUUGGCCGCAGGGACGCAACAUUCCUUGAUUUCGAGGCAUUUCGGCUUGCAGUUGAUGGAGCAUACGGUCAAGUAUCGCUGGACGCAAAUUUCCCAACAGGAGAAGAUCUUCAUCAAGGAAAAUGCAAUGAAGUUGCUUGCUGCUGGAGGGAUUAGUGACGAACCACACAUGAAGGAUGCUUUAAGUCGAGUUAUUGUGGAAAUGGUGAAGAGAGAAUGGCCACAACAAUGGCCAGGUUUGCUCUCAGAGCUGUCGGAAGCUUGUUCUUGUGGGGAGAUUCAAACUGAAUUGGUUUUGUUGGUGUUUCUACGAUUAGUUGAGGAUGUUGCUUUACUGCAGACGCUGGAAUCAAAUCAGCGAAGAAAAGACAUCUAUCAUGCCCUCACCGCCAAUAUGGCGGUCAUCUUUGAUUUUUUUCUUCGUCUAAUCGAAUUACACGUGAACCAAUUUCGUAUAUGUGGUGAAACAAAUAACACACCGAAAUCUACCGCUCAUGGUAGAGUCGUUCAAGUUGUUUUACUGACUUUGACUGGUUUUGUUGAAUGGGUCUCUAUGUCACACAUUAUGGCUCAAAAUGGAAGACUCCUACACAUUCUGUGUCUGUUAUUGAACGACUUGGCGUUUCAGUAUCCGGCGGCUGAAUGUUUAUCACAGAUUGUAAAUAGAAAAGGUAAAGUUGACGAACGAAAACCACUCUUGCUCCUCUUCAACGACGAACCAAUCCAAUGUUUAGUUUCGGCGUCAAAAAAUCCCGGUGCCAUUCUCGACGAACAACACUAUUUAUUUAAGAAGAAACUUGUACAGGUUUUAGGCGGUUUAACAACUCAACUUGUUGUCUUAUGGGGUAAAGAUUCUAUUUCACGUCCCAACAACUUUUCGGCUUUUUUGGAAGCAAUUCUUGCAUUUAGUAGCCAUCAAAGUCUCACAUUAUCACAUAUGGCCAACCCUCUGUGGAACAGUAUGCUCAAACACGAACACAUUUCACGUGAUCCUGUUUUUCUCUCGUAUAUUCCUCAGUGGGUUCAAUGUACGGCCCCAAAAAUCGUCAAGUUCAAUUAUCCCGCAUCGAAAGUGCAAAAUACGGACACUGGAGGCGCUGCUGCGUAUGCUAAAAUUGAUUUUGAUAGUGAGGAGGAAUUUUCAACUUAUUUCUAUCGAUGUCGGAGCGAUUUUCUUGAUUCAUUUCGUCAAGCCACCGUUGUGGCGCCACUUGUCACUUUUAAUUACGUCGAACAGUGGCUUAUGAAAUGUUUGCAAGUUCCUAACGUCACUUCUGGGCUGGUUUUGUCCGAUCCGCUGUUUCAUGAAUGGGAGGCUUUGUCCACCUUUCUGGAGAGUAUUUUAAGUCGUGUUCUUCAGGCACAAGAACGGCCUUCAAUAGCAUCGGGUUUGAGAUUAUUACAAUUAUGUUUGGUUUAUCAGCCUGUCGAUCCGUUAAUACUUUCGACUUUGUUGACUUGUAUUUCGGCUCUAUUUGUUUUUUUGAGUAUGUCGACUGGUCAAAUGGCACCGACGGCCAAUUCGGUGGCGGCGUCCGGGGCGGCCCUUUUACCACAAGUUUUGGAUAAGAUUUUUUCGACUUUGGUGUAUGCGCCCCCUGAUGAACAGAGUAAAGAUACAAGAUCGAGGGCUGUGAAAAACGUACGAAGACAUGCAGCUUCGCUGAUGGUUAAAAUCGGGAAUAAAUAUCCGCUUUUGUUGUUGCCUGUUUUCGAUCAGAUUCGUGCAACUGUGGAGAAUUUGUCGAGAUCGGAUAGUGUGGCUGGGUUGAGUACGUUGGAGAAAGUGACGUUGCAGGAGGCGCUGCUUUUGAUUUCUAAUCAUUUUUGUGAUUAUGACCGGCAGAGUAAUUUCGUGAGGGAGGUGCUAGCUGAGGCGAACGCCCAAUGGCGUCUUAUCGUGGCGUCUGGCGCGUUCGAAAGCGCCUCGAAAUUCAUCUCAUUUGUCGGUCUUGACACACCCCCUGUAGCCCCACACGCUGACAAUCCUCACGGCCAUAACCGCAGCAGUAUCGUCUUCUGCAUCAAUCUUCUCUUAGGUGCCAUUAAACGUUGCUCGUGGCCGGAAGAUCCCGAACGUGCGACUCGUGGCGGUUUCGUUGUAGCUCUCACCGAAUCGGGGAAUCCUGUUUGUCGAAAUCCAGCUGCUCCACACGUUGUACCUCUUCUACCAGACAUUCUUUCCCUCAUUCGCGUUUUCAACGAAUUGUUUACGUGCGAAGCUCAGAAUUUGAUUCAUGAGAGCUAUAAAGGAUGUCUCGGGAUGCUCGAGACAGAGAAAUCGAAUCUUCUGGGUUUGAUUGGACAUUCGGUGGGUGAUUUGGGCGAAUUACAAGCGGUACAAAGUCCGAUGGAGAGGAUGCAGAGGUUUUUGUUUGGAUUGCACGAGAGUUGUUAUCAUAUGAUUGGUUCGAUGGGGCCUUCGUUGGGCAGGGAUUUGUAUACUUUGCCCGAUAUUGGUUUAGCAAUAAUUAACAGCGUCUUGGCAUGUUUACAGUGUAUCCCAGAUUAUCGAAUGCGACCCAUAAUUCGUGUUUUCUUAAAACCCUUUAUCUAUUCUUGUCCUACGCCAUUCUACGAAGCUGUACUUUUGCCCAUCGUUGCACACAUAGCACCUCUAAUGUUAUCACGUUUACACGCAAAAUGGUUACAAGUGAACGAAUUUCGCAAUCGCGAAGGACAAGAAGAUAACGCUGACACUCAAGAAGUUCUUGAAGAUAUUUUAACACGAGCUCUAACUCGUGAAUAUUUGGACGUACUAAAGGUGGCUUUAGUAGGCGGUGGACUCACACCUGAAACAAAUACUGAAAAUAUGGAAACUGAAGAUCUGAGUAUGGAUUCCCCAACACCGCCUCCUCCAACACGAUCGAAUAUGACCACGGAGGUUAUAUCUGAUUUAGGUUUGGUACUCUUGCGUAGCGAGAAAACUUGUCAGUCGAUUGUGUUGGCAGUACUGGGUGCGUUGUCAUGGAUUGACAGUAACGCAUCGUUAAAAGCAACUUUUUUGACUGGACCUAUAGUUAGACAAUUGGUUUCUGAUAGUUCUUUAAACGGAGAGAUGGCAGCACAUAUAAUGGCGUCCGUUUUGAACGCUUUGAUGUUACAUGGGCAACAUGAAGCCAAUCAAGGGUCUUUAUUGACCUUAGGUGCACAAAUGUAUGAAAUGUUACGGCCUACUUUUCUCGAAGUACUCGGUGUGAUGCAACAAAUUCCCGGAGUGAACCCAGUUGAUUUGCAAAAGUUGGAUGAAAGAAUUUCAGGCAGUACAAGUAAAGGAAAUAAGGUCGAGAAGGUGAAGAAGGAUUUGUUUCGGAAAAUAACGGGAAAUUUGAUUGGACGAAGUAUGGGCCAGCUUUUUAAAAAAGAGGUCAAAAUUCAUGACCUACCCAGCUUAGCAUUUUCGAAGAAACCUCAACCGAAAGAAGUGACACCUGACUUGCAAAAUGUGUUUAGUUAAUAUUGCCUGAAAUAUUAUCUAAUUGUUAUUUAUUUAAUUUAUUGUACAACAUUCCUUGUUGUUCAAUUGGUCAAGACCAACUUUAUCAUGAUCAAUCAAUGCAUUCUUUUGUAAUAUAUUGUUGUAAUUUAAUAUUAUUUACAAUCUUAUCUCUUGGUCUCUAAUAAAUAGUAAUUUUUCAAACGA